GGGGCCGCGGGGUUGGAGCGGGCGCGGGGGCGCGCGCCGGCCUGACGGACCGACAGACGGACGGACGGACCGACGGACGCAGCGGCCGAGGCGAGCGCGCAGCUCGGACCCGCCCGGACGCAGCGCUCGCCAGGCGGCGGCGGCGAUCAUCGGCUCCGGUCCGGCGGCCGCGGCGCCCGCCCUCGCCCGCGCCCCAUGGGGUCACAGAGUCUGUAGAAGAGGCGUCCAGCAACCAGACUUCCCGAUGAACAACCGAAAGGAAGAUAUGGAAAUCGCAUCCCACUACCGGCAGCUGCUCCGUGAGCUCAACGAGCAGAGGCAGCACGGCGUCCUGUGUGACGUCUGCGUCGUCGUCGAGGGCAAGGUCUUCAAGGCACACAAGAACGUCCUCCUGGGCAGCAGCCGCUACUUCAAGACACUCUACUGCCAGGUGCAGAAGACAUCUGACCAGGCCACAGUCACGCACCUGGACAUCGUCACUGCCCAGGGCUUCAAGGCCAUCAUCGACUUCAUGUACUCCGCCCACCUGGCUCUCACCAGCAGGAAUGUCAUCGAAGUGAUGUCUGCUGCCAGCUUCCUGCAGAUGACGGACAUCGUGCAGGCAUGCCACGACUUCAUCAAGGCGGCGCUGGACAUCAGCAUCAAGCCAGACGCCUCCGAUGAGCUCUCGGAGUUUGAGCUCGGCACCCCGUCGGGCAGCAGUACAGACGCGCUGAUCUCUGCCGUGAUGGCCGGCAGGAGCAUCUCCCCGUGGUUGGCGCGGCACACGAGUCCUGCCAAUUCUUCUGGAGACUCGGCCAUCGCCAGCUGCCACGAAGGCGGAAGCAGCUACGGGAAAGAGGAUCAGGAGCCGAAGGCCGACGGCCCUGACGAUGUCUCCUCGCAGUCCCUGUGGCCUGGCGACGUGGGCUACGGGUCUCUGCGUAUCAAGGAAGAGCAGAUCUCGCCAUCUCAUUAUGGAGGGAGCGAGCUGCCUUCUGCCAGGGACGGUGUGAUCCAGAACUCUUUCUCAGAGCAGGCUGGAGGGGACGGUUGGCAGCCCACAGGCCGAAGGAAGAAUCGGAAAAACAAAGAGACUGUCCGGCACAUCACACAGCAGGCGGAGGACGACAGCCGGGCCGGUUCCCCGGUGCCGUCUUUCCUUCCGACAUCGGGGUGGCCGUUCAGCAGCCGAGACUCAAACGCGGACUUGACCAGCACGGAAGCCAGCGGCUCAGACAGCCGCGGGGACAGGGCGGAGCUCUAUGCCCACGUGGACGAGGGCCUCCUGGGAGGAGAAGCCAGCUACCUGGGCCCACCCCUAACCCCGGAGAAGGACGACGCGCUGCACCAGGCCACCGCGGUGGCCAACCUGCGGGCGGCGCUCAUGAGUAAGAACAGCCUGCUGUCGCUCAAGGCGGACGUGCUGGGGGACGACAGCUCCCUGCUGCUGGAGUACCUGCCCAAGGGCGCGCACUCCCUGGCCCUCAACGAGUUCACGGUGAUCAGGAAGAAGUUCAAGUGCCCCUACUGCAGCUUCUCGGCCAUGCACCAGUGCAUCCUCAAGCGACACAUGCGCUCGCACACCGGCGAGCGGCCCUACCCCUGCGAGAUCUGCGGGAAGAAGUUCACGCGGCGCGAGCACAUGAAGCGGCACACGCUGUCAUCAGGUGGCAGGAGAGAUGGAUGGACUUGCUUGGCCACCAUGGGAAAGGUCAUCCUUGAAACAGGGAUACAGAUUCGCCAAAAGAAAAACAGGGUCCACAGCAAGGACAAGAAGUACGUUUGCAAGCUGUGCAGUCGUGUGUUCAUGUCGGCCGCCAGCGUGGGCAUCAAGCACGGGUCCCGCCGCCACGGCGUGUGUGCCGACUGCGCGGGCCGUGGUGUGGCUGGAGCCCUGGACGGUGGUGGCGCCGAGGGCUCCCCCGAGCUGUUCACAGGUGACGGGCCCUACCUGGAGGACACCGAGGACCCACGUGGGGAGGCCGAGGAGGAGCUGGGUGAGGAUGAGGACGACGUGGGCCUGGCCCCCGAGGACGCGCUGCUGGGGGAUGACAAGGAUGACGAGGACUCGCCACGGGGACCCCGCAGCCCGUCUGGGGGUCCCGACAAGGACUUCGCCUGGAUCUCCUAGGCCCCCCACUGUGUGUGCAUCCUCAGGGGUCCUCACUCGCCUGACAGGGCCAUGCUGACCCCCCACAGCCCCUCCUCUGGGUCCCUUCUAUUUUGCUCCGGCCCCCAGACUCACACAGAAGCCAGCCCUGUGGGCUCAGAGGCAGGUGCAACCCCAGCUCCCGGGGGGGCCCUGGGACCCAACAUGAAGUGGGCGUGCAGGGUGCGUUUGAGCACAGGGAGGGCGUGUGCUCCCACAGUCCCAGGGACAGAUAGGGGUCCCUGGCAGGUGCAUGUGGGUGGUGUAUCAGAGGAGCCCGUGUGGCCCGCCUGGCCUCUGGACGCAGGGAGGCCCAGUGGCCAGUUCAGGGCCAGCGCUGGUUGGGGUCACGAGUGCGGCCCCCGAGCGCAGCCUCCGAGGCCACAGGUCCAAGAGACGUUGAGGAGAGUUUGCUAUACCCGAGUCCUGGCGUCCAGUGCUCGAGUCCACCCUCCUCCCUCCCUUCUGCCCUCCCCUCCAUCCCCCCUUCUCAGCAGCCUGGUCACUGCCUGUGGCCACUGCUGCUUCCUGCCCUCGUGGCUCUGCCCCGUUGUGCAGCCUGCAGAAUUCAGGCCUGUGUACAGAAAGCCACGGCCCACCUGCCUCGGGACUUUGGUGCUCUACACAAAACAGCUGCAGAGGCCCCUGCUGCAGCCGAGCGCUCCCAGGUGCUAUCUUCGGGGGGAGGCGGCAGCGUGGGGACUGAAGCACCCGCUCCUCCCAGGCAGGGCUCCGUGCUCCCACUGCAGGCCACUUGGGGUCCCUUUGGGGGGCCUCGGCUCUUUGUUCUGUGUGCACUUCCUUGGAGAGCCGGGGGCUGGCCUUGUCCCCUCAGCUCUGCCGUCCCGUCGCGCCCAGGCCGCUCCUGCUGACCUCCUGGGUGCGCUUGCCUUUGUCGCUGCUAACACUGGAGGUGGUAUUCAACUGCCGCGUGCUGCUCACUCCCUGGCGGGUAACCAAACUUCUUGAGUAGAGACUUUGAGGUAGUUACAUAGUUACUUUGUUUGGCAUUAUUUUUCUCACUUGAGGAAACAGAGUCGUCAUUCUUUCGGCUUGUUGUCACGUCCCCCUGCUGUCUUUUUGGACGAGCCCACGACCCACUCGCCCUCUUUUUUCUGCCAGUGGGCCAGCAUCACCCUGUGAGGAUGCCCCUCACUGCUGUCCGCCUCCUUGUUAAGGCCAUCCCUGAUGACACUCCUUACUAAGACAUUCCGUCUCCUUCUCCCACCCUGCCCACUCGGCGCGAGGACCCCCUCAGGAUGCUGAGCUGGGGCCUCACUGGAGAGACAGCCUUUCAUUUUCUCUUUUUCCACAGACUGUGAGCCAAAUGGCUUUUACCAAGUUUUUCAUUGUGUCACAUCUACUCUCUCUGGGUGGAAAAAGGGAAAUCCCACAAAACAAACCCUAACUUAGGUUCCGCUGGUGGCCUGGCGCACAUGCCCCCAGUAGCACGCGGGGUGCCAGCCUCCCUGGCUGCCUGUGUGCACGCACGGCCGGUGCUGUCCUUGAAGCCUGCGCCUGGGGAGAAGCCACAGCUUUGUUUUUAUUACGAUCAGCCGCUGUUUCUCUUGGUGAGAAGGCGGUGCUCUUGACAGAGCUGUCGUCUGGCUUGCCUGCACCCACAUCUCUCAGCCGGGGAGGCUGUGAGCACCUCAGCACUGGUGGCUUCAGAGAAAAGCCCGCGAUCCUCCCCAACUCCCUCGGGGGCAGGGCGGACUGCAGGCUGCUUCUGCUGAGGCCAGUGCAGGGCGGAGGAUCGGAAGGGGGCUCGGGGACAUACUUCCCUUUCUGCCUUCCCCAGGGGGCCCGCCCGGCAGGGCUCAGAACUGUGUCCCCUCCCACUUUCUAAGCCCUUUUGUAAACAGACUGACUUUCUUAUAAAAUGCAUUUGGAAACCAGACCUUUGUUACCAACAAGUGUCUCUGGAUUUUUUACCGGUCCCACCUCUCAGGCUGCCCUGCCCACGUCCCGGCCACCUCUUCCUCCGCACUCAGGACAUCCUGCUCUUUGUGACCAACGCGCUCCCGCUCUGCACUGCCCUCACUGGCCUUUUUAGGGGUUCGCUGUCAGUGCCACAGGGCGUUUUCCUCCUUAAAACCAAUACUGUACUGAAAACCAAGGGUCCCGUGUCCUGUCCCACAGGUUCCCCAGGCGUCUGCUGUGUGGCAGGUUCAUUAUUCUCGUGUGCGGUUUCUGAUCGGAGAGUGUUGGAUUUCAGAGAUGGAGAUGAACACAUCACCUCUCGGGAGGCGUGGAGGAAAAAGACGCGUAAUGAGGCUUUUUUUUAUGUGACUGAUCUUUUUUUUUUAAUCAAUGUUGAAACUAAUAAAUAUUUUUUUACGAAGAGGAAAAACUGUGUAGAUUACAUUUCACAUUUUGUACUUUUCCGUUUAUGUCUGCCUGUAUUUUGGUGUUGGCAACGCCACAAAUGGAACAGUCACUUGGGUGGUGAGUUCUUGGGGUGGGGGUGGGGCAAGGAAACCACGACUUUCGUGUCAAGCUCUGGAUCCUGACCAGGUUGUAUGUUUGACUCUGGGUCUGGGGAGCAGUCACAACACUGCCAGGACUCAAGAGGGACCUUUAUUUACUCAAGAGACACAGCUACUGCUUCCAACUUUGCACAUCUUGCUUUUUAAAAAAGAAAACUCUGAGAAAAUGCAAAAACUGGAACUUUUUGCAAUAUUAUGAAAGAUAAUCUUAUUUUUGCUCAUUCUGUGACAUGUGCACCUCUUAAGAAAGCCAUACUGAAUGGUGGUGGUUUUAAUUUUUUAGAUCCUCUGUUGUGUUUUGUAUGCAGCCCUUUUAGAACUCUGUGUGGUGAGGGUGCUGUAUGUGCUUUUCUUAAAUAUUUAUUUUUUCAACAUGCUUUCAACCUGUCAACAAAAACAAAACAGACAAAAAAGGGGCAGUGUUUGAAGAUUGUUGAUUUUUUCUGGGGAUAAGCUAUAUUAUAUCGACUUUAUAUUAAUUGUUAUAAACCUGUGUUUGUACUGGAGAUGUGUUUAACAUUUGGGGGAGAAGGUUUUCGUAUUGGUUGGUGGGAAAUCACAGCUCUGCUGUCUGCUUCUCUGUAGCCAUAGGACAGGUCAUCAGUACUUUCUCUAGUGGUCUUGCGGUUUCUCGUCGGCCUGGGCACGCUCUGGGCCUGCCUGUGGGUUUCCUUUCUGUGAUGGGGUUAGCUUAGACAUUCUUGCAAAGUGAUCACUUUCAAUAAAUUCGGAAAUUGCUGCUCAA